GCAGCUCCCUGCCUGAUUCCAGAGAGUCGCAGACGCUCCAAGAUGGCGGAAGCCCACCAGGCUGUGGCCUUCCAGUUCACGGUCACCCCCGAGGGGGUGGAUUUCCAGCUGAGCCGCGAGGCCCUUAAGCAGAUCUACCUUUCUGGCCUCUCCUCCUGGAAGAAACGCUUCAUCCGUCUCAAGAACAGCAUCUUGACGGGGGUGUAUCCUGGAACCCCUUCCGGCUGGUUGGCAGUUGUCGUAGCAACGAUGGGCUCCAUGUACUUCCGGGUGGAUGUGUCCAGAGGGCUGAUCGCCUGCAUCCGAGACCACCUGCCCGAGGGCUCCUACCUGGGCCUUCGCACCCGCACCCUCCUGAGCACCGUCCUGUUCUCCACGGGCGUCUGGGCCUCGGGAGUGCUGCUCUGCCGGCAGAGCCUCAAGCUGCUGCUCUCCUACCACGGCUGGAUGUUUGAGCCUCACGGCCGGGUCAGCCGCACCACCAAGAUCUGGACGGCCAUGGUGAGAUUGCUGUCCAGUCGCAAGCCCAUGCUGUAUAGCCUCCAGACGUCGCUGCCCAAGCUGCCCUUGCCCAAGGUGGAGGAGACCAUAAAGAGGUACCUGGAAUCCGUCCACCACCUGAUGGAUCCUGAGAGGUAUGAGCAGAUGGAGGCGUUGGCCAGGCAGUUCCAAAAGAAGAUGGCUCCUCGGCUCCAGAAGUACCUGACCCUCAAGUCCUGGUGGACCACCAACUACGUGAGCGACUGGUGGGAGGAAUACGUCUACCUGCGGGGAAGAGACCCCAUCAUGGUGAACAGCAACUACUACAUCAUGGACUUCCUUUACGCACAACCCACUCGGCGCCAAGCUGCCCGGGCAGGCAACGCAGUGCACGCGAUGCUGUUAUACCGACACAAGCUGGACCGCGAGGAGUUAAAGCCUGUGAUGAUACAAGGGGUGGUGCCCAUGUGCUCCUUCCAGAUGGAGAGGAUCUUCAACACCACGCGCAUUCCUGGCAAAGAGACAGAUUCUCUCCUGCACCUGUCGGACAGCAAGCACCUGGCCGUCUACCACACGGGCCGCUUCUACAAGGUGUGGCUGUACCACGCGGGGAAGCUGCUGAGCCCCCGCGACCUGGAAAUGCAGUUCCAGCGCAUCCUGGAGGACCCUUCGAGGCCUCAGCCUGGCGAGGAGAGGCUGGCGGCCCUCACGGCUGGGGACAGGCUUCCGUGGGCAGAAGUGCGAGCCAGGUACUUCAGCCAAGGGAAGAACCGGGCGGCCCUGGACUGCAUCGACCGAGCGGCCUUCUUCUUGACCUUGGAUGAAGACACGUGUGGCUACAACCCACAGAAUGAGGACAGCCUGGACGAGUUUGCCAAGAGUCUCCUCCAUGGGCAGUGCUAUGACAGGUGGUUCGAUAAAUCCUUCACACUGGUGGUGUACCGCAACGGCAAGCUGGGUGCCAACGCCGAGCACUCGUGGGGCGACGCCCCCAUCAUGGGGCACCUCUGGGAGUUCAUGCUGGCCACAGAUGCGUUCCAGCUGGGCUACGGCAACAGUGGGCACUGCCACGGGGUGCCCAACACAGCGUUGCCUCCACCUCAGCGCUUGCAGUGGGACAUUUCUGCGGAGUGCAGGCUGGCCAUCGAAAUCUCCUACAGCGUGGCCAAGGCUCUGGCUGAGGACGUGGACUUCCACUGCUUCCGCUUCAUGGACUUUGGCAAAGGCUGCAUCAAGAAAUGCCGGACCAGCCCUGACGCCUUCAUCCAGAUGGCUCUGCAGCUGGCACACUUCCGGGACAAGGGCUACUUCUGCCUGACCUACGAGGCCUCCAUGACCCGGCUGUUCCGGGAGGGCCGCACAGAGACGGUGCGCUCCUGCACUCGCGAGGCAACGGACUUUGUGCGUGGCAUGGAAGAUCCAGACGUCAGCCCCUUGGAGUGCCUGCAGCUCUUCCGGGAAGCUGCCGAGAAGCACCAGCGUCUGUACCGACUGGCCAUGACCGGGGCUGGCAUCGACCGGCACCUUUUCUGCCUCUACGUGGUGUCUCGCUACCUGAGGGAAGAAUCGCCCUUCCUGGCCCAGGUGCUGUCCGAGCCCUGGCGCCUCUCCACCAGCCAGACCCCGCAGCAGCAGAUCAAGAUGUUCGACCUGGAGACGAAUCCAGAUCACGUUUCCCCCGGUGGUGGCUUUGGACCGGUGGCCAACGACGGCUACGGAGUCUCCUACAUCAUUGCUGGAGAACACCUCAUCACCUUCCACAUUUCGAGCAAGUACUCCCACCCAGAAACGGACUCCAAGCGCUUCGGGAGGAACAUCCGGCAGGCCAUGCUAGACACUGCGGCCCUUUUUGACUCCCCGCCCAGGAAAAAGGUGGACUUGGCCAACUGAGGGGGGCCCCCAGGGCCACUGAAAACAACCCCUGCAAGCUGCCCGCUGACCAGAGAGCACACGGAGGAGGAGGAGGAGAGGCUGGUUCCUGGACCCCAGGUCAGGCUUCGGCCUGCACACAUCUUGACCCUGCCCAGAAGCCCCCCGCAGCAGUCCCGAGAGGAUAUGGGGGGUGGGAGGGUGGGGGGAGAGUUCAUUUGAUGUCAAAAGAUAAAAGAGGAUAAUUUC